AUUUAUUUGGAGAACUAUGAAAAUCAUCACCUGAUAACGAUGAUAUCUAUCGGGACACUCAAAAUCUGUGAAGUGAUAAUUAUUUUACUGGUGACAAUCCUGGCUAACGGCCAUAAUUGGUGGAACUUCGAAUCUCACAUUAAUCCAUUCAAACUUCCUGUCUUCACCCCUUUACCAAAUCAGAGAUUUACUCAUAUUCCUGAGGUUAACCAGUAUGGUCCGAUGCCAAACGAUGUGAUAGUCGAUGUUCCAAAAGCCGGCAUGGGGAGGUAUAUUGGCUUUUCAACCACAAUAAAUUACGACUAUACAUGGUCACAAUGGCCACCAAUAAGUGGUCGACUUGUGAAUGUUUUCCUCGGUAUACCAUAUGCAGCACCUCCAGUUGAAGGACAGAGGUUUCGGAUGCCAGUUCCUGCCUACCUAGAUACCCGGUUCCCGUGGUUUGCUAAACGCUUGAGAUCAGCAUGCAUGCAGCCUCAUAUUUGGCUCACGCGUUUCAUGCCAGGUUUCAAGGAUAUAAAUGAAGACUGCCUCUACCUUAACAUCUACUACCCAAAUCGUACAUGGGAGGAUCCAAGCACUCGAUAUCCUGUAAUUGUACAUAUACAUGGUGGAAGUUAUGUGUAUGGUUCUAGUCAUAUGUAUCCUGGUUUGGCGCUGGCUUCUAAGGGUGUAGUUGUGGUAACAUUCAAUUAUCGUUUAGGACCCUUUGGUUUUUUAUCAACUGGUGACUAUGCAUCCAUAGGUAACUAUGGUCUGUGGGAUCAGUUACUUGCAGUCACAUGGGUUAAAGAAAAUAUUGCAUGGUUCCGUGGUGAUCCAGAUAAAAUCACACUAAUGGGUGAAAGUGCUGGGGCGGCCAGUGUUGGUCUUCACUUAGUAUCACCAUUAACAAGGGAACGAUAUUUAUUCAAUCAAGCUAUCAUGAUGUCCGGGGCUGAUUUAUCGCAGUGGGCGUUUAGUGAUCCAGAAAAAGUUCGUACACGAUAUUACGCAAUUGAACUGGCUCGGAGACUAGGCUGUCCAUCAGUACAAAGUAAAGAAGUUUUACAAUCACAAGAGGCAGUAAGCAACACAAAUCCACAUCGACUGCAUGCAAGUAAAGCAUUUGAACAGCCAUUUGGUAAAUCCUAUGUUAAGCAACACUUGAAUAUUCCGUAUUCAGUACAAGUUGACGCUUAUGCAAUGAUUUAUUGUCUACGAUAUGAAAAAACAGCAGAACAGAUCAAUAAUGUUGUACUUGAAUUGCAUUCUCUUCCUGGAGCACCAUCAUUUGUAUGGACACCAGUUGUAGACGGGGUAUCUGGAUUUUUUCCACGCACACCAGCUAGAGAACGUGUAUUAGGUAAUUUUGCCAAAUUACCACUUCUUGCAGGUGUAGUUCGCGAUGAAGGUUCCUUAGCUUUAGAGCACUUUUUAUACCAAUUAGAUCAGAAUGGUUAUGCAAUUAACAAUUUCACAGACAAUGUUGUAAGACGUUUUAUUGGUGUACUUCUAAAUGAUCGCAACGUCUUUCGACAUAAUCAAACUGCUGAAGAGUUGUAUGCACGUUAUACGUGGUGGCCAAAUCUAGAAAAUAAUACUGCACGGUGGAAACGAAUUGUAGACCUAGUUUCAGAUAUGGAAAUUGCUUCACCAUUGGAUUCGGUUGUAAAAUAUCAUGCAGCCUAUGCACCUCCAACUUACUUUUAUGAAUUUGCAUAUUUUAGUCCAAAUGAUCAACAAGCGACACCAGAAACAGGAAUCUAUCAUGGAAUUGAAUUACCUUUCCUAUUCGGAUUCCCUUUUAUGAAUAAAUCUACCUGGACAUUAUUAUUCGGUGAAGGUAAUCCUUUGCCUCGAUGUGUAUCAAAUACCUAUGUUUAUCCGCAUGAUACAAAUAUUAGCGAAUUUUUAUUAGAUUUAUGGACAAAUUUUGUAAAAUAUGGGAAUCCAACACCCAAAGGUGUCAAAAAUAUUGAAUGGGCAAGAUUUAAACAACCUGAAGAAGCUUAUCUUCAUAUCCAGCUGAACAGUUCAAUUAAAUAUCAUUAUCGAUCUUCGGAUAUGGCAUUUUGGCAGUAUCGUUUUGAGGAAUUAGCAGAACCUGUCCCAGGUUGCCUGCUGGGUAUCGCGUUGAUUAGUUUGAUCAUAAUAAUUGUUUUACUAAUGAAACGACCAGAACCAAAACAAUUUAAAUCAAGUAUACGUCAUACAACACCAGGCAGUGCAUUUCAUGCAUCAUUUAAAGAUUCAUUUGCUAAUCGUUCUAUUCAUGCCAUGACAACAUUGAUACAAACCUCUACAGCUCUAGUACAACAACCAUCAGAACAAUUCAAUUACUUCGAAUCUAAACCCAUGAGAAUACCUUCAACAUUAUCAGCCUCAUCUUGUACAAAAAUUUCUCAUAUAUCAUGUCCAAAAAAUAAGCUGACUAAUAUAACAACCACAGUUAAUAAACAUCCUCCACCUCCACCGAUACCACAGUAUGAUCGGAGAACCUCUUCUUCUGGAUCUUUAUCUUUAAUAUCAUCAUCAUCCUCAACAACAACGACAUCAUCAUCACGUCGCAGACAGAUGAAGCAGAAGUAUGAUACUAACAAGAUGACAAAAGGUAUACAAGAACACGUCACGAUGAACAUACUGAACCCACAACCAUCAGAUCCAUUGUUACAAACCAAUGACAAUAACAAAAGUAGUCAUAAUAUUGUCAUCCCAGUUACCGAUAAAUAUAACAAUAGUUAUAAUCCGUACAUUACAGAUGUUUAAUAGUGAACUGUAUACAUAAACAUCACAAUCUGACGUAACUAUGCAUUUCUGGAUCACCAUUCAAUUAAGUUGAGGUACGAACCAAGCAUAUUUGUAUAGGAAAAGAGUAUGGAUGAAAGUCGAAUAAAAUUUCUCACCCAGUUAUUGUUUUCCUACUUUUAAAUAAUGUGGACAGCUUACCUUUUAACUUAAUGUAUAUUUUCAAAUCUAGAAUAUAUUGUUGUUUUUCGAUAAACAUACCAUGCUCUAUGGGUUGUUUAUUGUUGAAGGCAGUAAAUUAGACCUUUGUGAGUCAUAUAUCUUGUUCUAACAGAGAUUUUUUUCCUCCUGAUAAUGUGACUGGGUUGUAUUCAAUCAUUAAUGAAUCCCACUUAGGCAGUGACAUCUACAAAGUAGAUGAGCAAACAUAAAAUAUACGGCAGUUUGAAUCAACUUAAUAUCUGCUUUAUAAUGGUUAGAGUUGGAGACCCAGCUGAUUAGAGAACUAUGGUGUUGUCUUUGUCACUUGAAUAAAAUCCCUUUAAUGAGUAAUUAUCAAUCGAACAGCAUAUCAUGCCUCAUUAUUCAAAAGACUAGGAAUUAAUAACUUGCAUUAGUUAAUGAUACAUCACAUCACAUACCAGUGGAGGAAAAAUAGCUACUCAUGUGAAGUAAUGUUUGCAAAUCUGUAAAAUAAAUGUAUUGAGCAAGAAUCGUUGACCGUUUUAUCAACAGUGUGUUCUGUCAUUUAUAUACUGCUAGAUAAUCAAAUAGAUAGAAUUGAGGAAUCCUAUUGGGCGGACUCCCAAGGUAGGUAUUUAUUUAUUACUUUAGUCAUAAAAAUUAAUCCAAGUUUAAAAUACAUUAGUACCUCAC